CAGGAACAGAGUCCAGCUACACCCCACAUUUUCGAAGUUUUAAAAAAAGCGUUUCGCGUCGAGCACCAAAUUUGCGGUCUUGGGACAUAAAUCAACCGUGAUCACGUUGCUCCAUAACGGCAUCGGGUUUGGGUGGGUGUGCCACCAAUCCAAGGCACAGCCUCUGAGAAGUAUUACCAUUGCCCCUGCUGCAUGAUCUAGAUCUAUGCCAAUUUAAAAAUGCAUUCAGUUGGCAUUCUUUCCGCAAUGGCGAUUAAGCGGCAAAGCAAACGACGAGAUGAGCAAAAAAGAGCACGAGAAAGGCGCUACAGCACACAAAGCUCUGAGAGUGGAGAAACUUUUCAUUCUCCAACUGGAUCUAUGAGACGCAAAUAUAACCAUCCCCAUCAUGUGGCUAGUUCUGGUACAGGAAUGCUUGAUAGCCAGGUUGUUACCAGUAUUGGAAUGUUGCAUAUUGGUAUUGUGUUCGUUGUGUUUGGAGUUUUUCUGUGCGGCGCCGGUAUUUUUCCAGAUGAAACUAUGUCCUGGAAUGUAUUUAGUACUAGCUCAGCCUGGUGGAAUGAAGUUACUUGCACCGGAUUAUUUUCCCUCGGAUUGGGUUUAUUUUUACUAAUUUUAAACUGCCUUAUAAGUCGGAAGGAGGAGGAGGACCUUGAGGACUACGUGCAGCGGCAACUGACAAGAUCUCGCUCAGGACACCGACUUGAGCGAGAUGUUGAAACUGGUGUAUUGACCACGCGCCAUGCUCGAAAGGCUGUUGCCUUACAAAAAAAUGGACGUAACAUUUCUCCAACUGAUGUAGCCAUCGUAAAUUGUGGUUCUACAGAAACCAUAUGCAAUGGACCAAUAGUUGCGCGAAAUGGCUUAAACAGCUCAGGUGAUGUUAUUCUCGAAAAAGUAUUGGAAUAUCUCCGAUCGAAAUAGAAAAUGAUACAAAACGUCUGUUAAGAAGGGAGUCUAUAAAUGAUUCAAUCAUUAUAACGCG